AAAAGAAACACAUCUGAGAAAGAAAAAUAAUAAUAAUAAUAAUAAUAAUUCCUGUUUGUUAGAAGGCAAGAAAAGAAUCCAUUAUCAUUUUUAUUUGCAGGGAAGUUCCUGGUAACUUCUCUUUGGUAGCUGCUCACAGUUGUAAUUUGUUUUAUGAUGCUAUAAAAUUUUCACCUUUCUUGCUUCUUAUCACAAACCCACUUCCUAUCUUCAUUCAAUCUUCCAUUCCUUGAUUUUUCCUUUGAAAUUACUAUCUGGGUUUUUGUUAGUUUCUGUGAAGCUCAUAAAUUUUGCACUGAAACUUUUGAUUCUGUACUUGUUUGAGAAGUCUCUUUUUGUUAGAUCAUAAUAUCAAAAGAUGGGUGUUGGAGGAACUUUGGAGUAUUUAUCUUAUUUGAUAACAAGCAGUGGCCAUAAACACAAGAAGAAGAAGAAGCAACUACAGACUGUAGAGCUUAAGGUGAGGAUGGACUGUGAUGGCUGUGAGCUCAAGGUCAAGAAUGCUCUCUCUUCAUUAAGUGGAGUUAAGAAGGUAGAGAUAAACAGGAAACAGCAGAAAGUGACUGUAACUGGUUAUGUAGAUUCAAACAAGGUUUUGAAGAAGGCAAAGGCAACAGGAAAAAAAGCUGAGAUAUGGCCUUAUGUUCCUUACAAUUUAGUGGCUCAGCCUUACAUUGCUCAGGCUUACGACAAGAAGGCACCACCUGGUUAUGUCAGAAAUGUAGAAACCACUGCAACCACUGGGACUGUGACUAGAUAUGAUCAGGACCCAUAUAUCUCCAUGUUUAGUGAUGACAAUCCAAAUGCCUGCUCCAUCAUGUAGUGAAUCAUUUUCUGUCUUACCCAUCAGAGUCACCAUUGUAAAAUUUCCAGCUAUGUUUUUCUUUUUUUUUUGGGAUUUUGUUGUUAGAUUUUGAUUAGUGAGUUCUUGGAUAUUUUCCUGGUUUGCUUUCUGGAGUCUGCAGCAGUUUCUGUUUUUACCUAUCAUGGCCUUUGUGAAAUGUCCAAAUCAGUAGUCUGUAAUUUUGCUGGAGUGGUUCGGGUGGUGGGCCAAACUCCAAAUUUUCAAAAAUGGGUUUACGUGUGGUGAAAUAUAAAUCCUGUGGGAUGUUAGAGGCUCCUGUAUAUUUAGUAA